AUGGAGACGGACGCCGCGACCCGACGCUACCGGCUCUGGCUUCGCGGGCUGCGGUCGCUGCGCGGCGAACUCAGGUCGGCCCGCUGGUCCAACUAUCCGGCCCAGCUGGCCGCGCUCGUGGGCUGCUUCGUGGCCCACCUGGAGUCCUACCACGCCGCGCGCGCCGAGCUGGACCCGGUCGUGACGCUGUGCGCGCCGUGGGCCACCGCCGCGGAGCGCAGCGCCGCCUACUGGCUCGCCGGGUGGCGCUCCACCACGCUGGUCCACCUGCUCUACACCGAGUCCGGGCGCCGCCUCCAGGCGCAGCUCCCGGACCUGCUGCUGGGCGUGCGGUGGCCGGGGAACCUCGGCGACCUCGGCCCCGCGCAGCUGGCGCGGGUCGACGCCCUGCAGCGGCGCGCGGUGGCCGAGGAGGACGCGCUGUCGAGGGAGAUGGCGCGGGUGCAGGAGGGCCGCGGGGGCGUGGUGACCGCCGGGCCAGAGGUGGCCCUGGACAUGGGGGUGCUCGUGGCCCGGCUAGGAGCGGUGCUGCGCGGGGCGGACGCGCUGCGUCUGCGCACGAUGAGGCAGGCGGUGGAGAUCCUGCAGCCCGCGCAGGCGGCGGAGCUGCUCAUCGCCGCCGCGGACCUGGAGAUCGGCCUUCACGAGUUCGGGCUCAAGUACGGGGGUCGUGACGAGUAGCAGUGUAGUACCUGGUCACCACCCUUGAGGCUUGCCUGGACCUGCCCAGUUUUUUUGCUUCCACAGUUUUGUGUGGGCUGUUUCACUGGGAGACGGGCGUUUUCUAGCUCGUUGCGCCGAGCACACG